UAUCUUUAUUUUCUCAACUCUCUCGGCUCUUUCCUCUCUCUCUCUCUCUCUCUGUCUCUUAGAAAAAAAAAAUGUCAUCGAAGGACAACAAGAAACCGGCGAGGCCAUCGAGUAGCCGAGCCGGUGGAAUCCGCACUCUGUCCGAUCUCAAUCGAAGGUCUGGUCCUGAUUCCGACAGUGAUUCCGACAGUCCUCAGGAAUACUACACCGGCGGUGAGAAAAGUGGUAUGCUUGUUCAAGAUCCUUCGAAGAAAGACGAUGUUGAUGAGAUAUUCAAUCAAGCUAGACAACUAGGAGCUGUGGAAGGACCUCUCGAGACUCCUUCUUCGAGUUCCACGAGCUUCACAGGAACUGGGAGGUUGCUUUCAGGAGAAAGUGUUUCAACUGGUUCUCAACAGCCUGAGCCUGUGGUGCACACCAUUGUUUUCUGGGCUAAUGGGUUCACCAUAGAUGAUGGUCCUUUGAGGAAGUUGGAUGAUCCAGAGAAUGCGUCUUUUCUCGAGAGCAUACGAAAGUCUGAGUGCCCCAAAGAGCUUGAGCCUGCAGAUAGAAGAGCUCCUGUUCAUGUCAAUCUGAUGCGGAGGGAAGAGAAAUGUCCAGAAAGAGAGAAGCGUAAGGUUUCAUUCCAGGGUGUUGGGAGGACUCUAGGAGGUAGCAGCAACGACAGCAGCGGAAGUGGCUCAUCGAAGGCUCCAGAUGCCGCUGCCAUUCCCAUCCAAACCAACCAAACCGGUCUAGGAGCACCAUCACCAACUCCAAGUCUUGUAAUAGAUGAAACCCUUCCGACUACAUCGAUCCAGAUUAGACUAACGGAUGGGACCAGGCUUGUAGGUAAAUUCAAUCUUUAUCACACUGUCAACGACAUUCGAGUUUUCAUUGACUCUUCUCGACCUGGAGCUCCGGUUAACUACCAGCUUCAGACAAUGGGGUUCCCACCUACGCCUUUGACUGAUCUCACUCAGACCAUUGAACAAGCUGGUCUCGCCAACUCUGUUGUUCUUCAGAAAUUCUAGAAACGUCUAGAAUGUUUUUUUCUUUCUUUAUGUUUCUAUAUAUGUAUUAUUAUGAUCAGAGAUUUCAUAACUGUUAUUGUCACCAGAAAAAUGGUUGGCCUGUCUGUAAGUUACUUAGACACGCAGCAGGAAUGGGGGUCUCUCACAUGGGAAGAAAAGCCUUGUGGUAUAGAUUUUCUUAAUUUAUCGAAAACAAACUUUUUCAUUAA